GUUCGCCUACUGCUCAUGUAAUCGAAGGGGAGAGAUUUUUGCUUUGCAUUUAAAUAAUAAUUAAUAAAUAAAAAUGCUACGCCGACUUACACAAAUCAGUGCCAGACAACUGGUGCGCGCACAGUCCUCGUCUGCGCAGAGCGCCAACGAUAAGUGGGAUCUGUAUGCUGGUGUCCUGGUCGAACGGCUGCCGGUGGUAACCAAAACUUUGAAUCCAUUGGAGCGACAAUUCCAGGACAUGCUGUCCCAGGUCGAGUACGAAAACAGUCUUAAAUCGGACUUUGAGCUCAAACACGAACGCGACAUGCUGCAGACUGAGCUGAUUAAGCAGGGUAAAGCGCAGGUGGAUCUCGAUGACUCGGUCGCCAAGCAAACCGCACAAGAUCUGAAAGAUGCCUACACCGAGGAACUAAAGAAGUUCCAAUUCGCCCCGCGCACUACGCCCGACGACGCCGCUAACGUGACCACCUCAACGGAUCGCUGCUUGGAGGACACACUGUAUCUGGUGGUGAAGCAAAAGCUUGGCCAACAGGAGCAUUUGGUGCUGCCGCAGGGUCUGCGUCAGGAGGGCGAAUCCAUGCGACAGACAGCGGAGCGUGUGCUUCGCGAAAAAUGCGGCACAGAUCUGCAAGUGUUGUUCUAUGGCAAUGCGCCUGUCGGCUUCCACAAGUACAAAUAUCCGAGCAAGCAGCGCACCGAGUGCUUCGGUGCCAAAAUAUUUUUCUACCGUGCCUCGCUGCGAGCCGGCAAUGUGGAUGAGAAGCAAACGCCGCCAAUUCCAUACGAAUGGCUGCCCAAAGAUGUGCUCCAAGCAAAACUGAAUACCGCCUAUGCGGAGAGCAUAAACAAAUUCUUAAUUUGAUUCAAUUUAUCUUUGUCCUGUUUCAAGUAGUUUAAUAAACAUGUUUUAUCAUAAAUAUUUGCUGGAACUUGAUGAAA